UUACUGCUGCUGGUGAGUGCCACCUGUACCAGUCCACCAUUCUUCCCUGUCAAUAGAAAAUUUUCCACCAUUUUUACUCCCUCACGUCCUCCGCGACACUCCUCUACAAUCAUUCACAGUAGGAAAAAACAAAAAAAGAAAGAAAGAAGAAGAAGAAGAAGAAGAAACAAACAAAUUGCAGAGUAAUUGACUAUCAAACAUUAGAUAGAACCUAUACAUACAGAGCAUCCGCGUAUGUAUAGAUGUGAAAAUUGGAUGCAUGGCCGGCGAAGGGGUGAAAAGUAGGGGCCCACUACAGUCGGAUUCAAAGGACUGGGACAAACUACUGGGGGAGGGGGCGGAGCCACUGUCUUUGGUGGUGGUGCCCGGGAAAUCGCCGCAGGCUAAGGAGAUGGAUGAAAAAGUGAGUAAUAAUCAACUAGUCAGUGACUUGCAAAAUAUGACGGACGAGCAACUCCAACAAUCGGCGGAUAGGAUUAGAAGAAUUUUACCGACUUUGUCCUUGACAAUGAAAGACGGUGGCGAGAAGCUUAAGCGCAGCCUCCAACUCCAUGAGGAUGAAUUAAGGCGCCGGCGUCUCCUCCCCCUCCAAAAGAGCGAUGGUGGUGGAUGCAAGAAGCUGAUUCAACAUCAUGAUCAAAAUUGUAACGGUGUAUCAGAUGACCUUCGGGAGCAACCUCUAUCAUCUUUAUCACCUGCACUGUCAUUUUCAACAUGCUUCUCAAGCAAGUUGGACAGAAAACAGACAGAUUCAACAACAUUCAAAGUUUUCGAAAAAGAACUAUCUACAUUAAACCCCUGUGGUCGGCAAAAAAUGGAAACCCAAUUGCCGUCUUUAUCCAGCAGUAGACAGAAGAGAGGGUUGUCAUCAAAAGAAUCACCUUUUCAAUCCUUGGGCAGUCCUCUUCUGAAUGUUGAUAAUGUACCCCUAUCAAAUGGUUAUAAAAAGGAGAGGAGAAGGUCUGCUCGACUCCAGGCUUCAAAUAGCCCAAAGCGCAUCAAGGAGACAGUUGUACUUGUUGAUGAGGAACUUGAGGUUGAAGAAACAGCAGCUCAAACAAAUAAACUGAAUCAAUGCAAGAACACCAGGAUAUAUUAUCCUUCCAGGUAUAGGGAUGAUCCUGUAUCUGUUGAAACAAUCUGCUACUCGGACCUGGAUUGUCUCGCUCCUCAGGCAUAUUUGUCAUCAACUAUUAUGAAUUUUUACAUACGGUAUCUGCAGGUGGAGGGGCUGACAUCUAAAGCAACUGAAAGUGAAUCAUGCAAUUACCAUUUUUUUAAUACCUACUUCUAUGAAAAACUGAAAGAGGCUUUAGGUGAAAAGGACAUCGAAAAUUCAUUUGCCAAGUUGAGGCGGUGGUGGAAACGUAUUUACAUAUUUGAGAAGGCAUAUGUACUCAUACCCAUACAUGAAAAUCUUCACUGGAGCUUGGUGAUUAUAUGUAUACCGGAUGUGGAAGAUCGUUCAGGACCAAUCAUGCUUCAUUUGGAUUCGCUAGGGCUUCACUCUAGCCGUUCAAUUUUUUCUAACAUAAAAAGCUUUCUAAUAGAGGAGUGGAAAUUUUUGAGAAAAAGAGAAGUCCCAUUGGAUCUUCCUAUAGCAGACACUGUAUGGGAGAAUCUUUCUAAUAGAAUUGAUGAGAGAAUAGUCCAGGUCCCACAACAAGGGAAUGAUUAUGAUUGUGGCCUCUUUGUUCUAUUCUUUAUGAAACGAUUCAUUGAAGAGGCUCCAGACAGGCUGAAGAAGAAGGAUUUGGCAAGGUUUGGAAAGAAAUGGUUCAACCCUGAAGAAGCCUCAAGUUUGAGGCAAAGUAUUCGGAGUCUGUUGAAAGAAAAAUUCAAGAAUGCCAAUGAUGAGGAACAGCUUUUGGAUCUGAGGCUGUAGCUUUUGCUGUAAAUAUCUGUUUGAAAUGACAGAAUUGUCACAUAGAUUUCGAUGUCUGUCAGCGGCUAUUAUUUUGUUGUUAAUUCAUAGGAUACAUGAACAAGGUCAAUUCUGCAGAGAAGACCUCGUUCUUCCAUUUCUCAUAGACUGGAUUAAAGGAUGGGAUACUAAAUUAGCUGUUAUGCAAUCUUGAAGAGCUCUUUGUACAGGAAAUGAACUUCUGUUUUGUAGCUCGCUUAUGCCAGGCUAGGAAGAUACUGUUAGUUGUCUGGUAUGUAAUACCAAUUGUGGAAAAAACAUGUUCUAAUUGACCUUGGUAUCAGAAUCCUCAUCCAAUUAUCCGUACACUCAAAUUUACAAUAACUUUACGACUUUUGAAUA